CCGGGAGCUAGUGAAGCCCCGCUUCCUGAGCGUCUCUGCCUCGCUGUCUGUAGCCAUGGAUCAAAGACUCUCGGAGUUGGUAGAAGACCUCACAACUUCCGGAGAACCCCAGCUGAAUACUGAGAAAAUGAAGGAGCUGAAGAAAAUUUGCAAGUCAUCGGAGGAACAGCUGAGCCAUGCCUACCACCUGCUGAUGGCCCAGCUGAGCCAGGAGCACGCCGAGAUCCGCCUCUCCGCCUUCCAGGUUGUGGAUGCGCUCUUCGCCCGCUCUCACCUGUUCAGGGUGCUGGUGGUGUCCAGCCUCCAGGAGUUCUUGGAGCUCACUCUGGGCACUGACCACCGGCGGCCCCUGCCGCCCCCCAGAGAGGUGGCCCAGAAGCUGAGGCAGGCUGUCACCCAGGCCAUCCAGGGAUGGAAUGAGAAGUUUGGCAUGGCCUAUAAGAAGCUCGCCUUGGGCUACCACUUCUUGAAACACAGCCAACAGGUGGAUUUUCAGGAUGUGAAUGCUAGGACUCUGGCAGAGAGAAAGCGAGAAGAGGAGAAGCAGAGGCGUUUAGACAGAAUCUAUCGGGAAAGGUCUGAGCAGGCCGUGCAGGAGAUGGAGGAGAUGUCAGAGGAAAUCCGGGGCUGCCUCACGGAGGUGCACAGCUGCUUCCGACUGCUGGUGCCCUUUGACUUGGGGCUGAGCCCGGGGGCCGGCUCACUGGCCGUGGCCUCUGGUGCAUCUGAGGAGGGCGCUCCUUGCCUGGCCAGCAUCCCUGACCUUGGGGACGAGGAGCAACCAUGCUGCAGCAAGACCCUGCCUGCCUGUGCACGCCGUCCAGUAGCCAUUGGCGGGGAGGGGCCACCCCGGGUUACUACAGGGGCCACUUCGGAGGAUGAGGAGGAAGACGACAGCGACUCGGAGGAGUUUGUGCGGCACCAUGGGCUGGGCUCCCACAAGUACACGCUGGAUGUGGAGCUGUCCUCAGAGAACCUGAGGAUACAGGAGGAUGAGGACAAUUGCGCUGUCAUCCAGUCGGCCCGGGACAUGCUCAAGCUCAUCAGGAACAAGUUCCUGCCAGCUGUGUGCACCUGGGUCCAGCUGUUCACCCGCGCAGGUGCACACGGCAGGCACUUGGAGGCUGCCAUCGACCUGAAGGCGGAAUUGGAAACUGCUCUGAGGAGAUCCCAGGAGCUGGACAUUGAGCCCAAGGGGCUGAGCAGGAGGGAGGUGGUGGCCCUGGGGGACGAGGAUGAGGACGAGGAUGACUUUGUGGAGGUCCCGGAGAAGGAGGGGUACGAGGCCUGCGUCCCUGACCACUUGAGGGCUGAGGCUGGUAAGUGGCAAGGACAGGGCACUGGGAGGAGGGUCCCGCUCAGACAGUGCCCGUCAGGGCUGGGGAAAGACCUGGCUGCGCAGGGCCUGCAGGUGAGGAAGAGGACGAGGAGAGAGGAGGAGGCGAGCGACCCCACCUCUGCUGCUGCCCAGCUCCACCGGCUCCGGGGCCACCUGCCCCCAGCCCCAUGCCCGAGCCCCAGGGCACCGUUGGGGCCAGAGGAGGCUGAGAAGUUGGCAGCAGAGCGGGCCCGGGCGCCUGUCGUGCCCUUUGGGGUGGACCUGUGCAACUGGGGCCAGGAGCAACCGGCGGUUGGGAAGGUCCUCAAGGCGGAGUCUCAGCACCGCUUCUGGAAGCCCCGUGAGGUGGACGAGGAGGUGGGCAGCGCUGAGGUCUCGGAAUUGCUGCGGAGCCGCCACAUCACCUUCGCAGGGAGGUUCGAGCCCGUGCAGCACCGGUGCCGCGCCCCCAGGCCCGACGGCCGACUCUGUGAGCGCCAGGACCGGCUGAAGUGCCCGUUCCACGGCAAGAUCAUCCCCAGAGACGACAUGGGGCGGCCCCUCCGCCCGGAGGACAGGGCCCGGGAGCAGAGCCAGCAGCUGCAGAGGCAGGCCAGGUGCCCAGACUGGCAGGAUCCUGAGUUUAUGAGAGACGUGGAGGCGGCCACGGGUGUGGAUCUAGGCUCGUCCAGGGCUGGCAGGAGAGGCCGAGGCAAGAGGAGGCGGCACCCCGGCCUCACUGACCUGAAGCGGCAGACGGACACGGCCCGCACACGCAUCGCCAAGAAGGUCUUCGCCAAGGCUGCUGUGCAGAGGGUGGUCACAGCCAUGAACCAGAUGGACCAGAAGAAGCAUGAGAAGUUUGCGAACCAGUUUAACUAUGCGCUGAAUUAGGGGCUAGGCCAGCUGUGCUGGGGCCUGUUUGUCAGCUCCCCAACCUCUGCCAGAGGGGGCGGUGGACACGGUCCUAGCAGCAGCCACCAUCUCCAUUAUUGUUUGUUAAAUGUGAGGAAAUGGUAUAUAUUCUGAUUAAAAUGCCUGAGGGUACAGGUGCUCCUUGGCCAUGGGGGGCCACCGCCAUCUGGGUUAUGGGUCUGGCCUGCCUGAGAGGUCCUUGGAGCAGGGGGUGACCUCGGGCAGCCGUGUCCCUGGGCACCUUGCAGAACCGGGGCGUUUCGCGAUGGGUUCAGUCGACGGAAGGCACACAGUCGGCAUCCAGAGAGUGCGUGGCUCCCAGCCCCACCCCCAGCCUUCUGCCGGGGCUGGCUGCAGGGGCUCCUGGGAAGUCCACGCUUUGUGUAGUGCUGCUUCAGUAUAGACGCAAGGGAUGUGAGCAUCUACCUGUCACGUUUCCAACUCACGCCGCCUUGGCGGUGGUCCCGGCAGAGGGCAGAGGGCUACCUCACUGUAUUUACAGCAACAGCUUCAUUGUGCCGUACAGUCACUCUUCCCACAGGACGGCUCGGUGCAUCCAGCACAGUCCUGUGUACGUGCAGAAGUUGUCAUCACCCUGAAGGGCAGCCCGUCCCCACUGGUGGCCUCUCCACCCACCUCCAGCCUCAGGCACCCUCUGAGCUACUGUCUGUUUCUGGAUGUCCCUGCUCUGGACGCUGCGUUGAAUGGAGCCAUGACGGCCUCCGUUGGGCUUCAUGACCAGUGGUCGCGAGUUCUCCGGUCACAGCGUGUGUCACCUCACAUUCCUGCCCACAGCGUCCGUCACAGGGAGGCGCCGCUCCAUCGGCCACCCCUGUCUGUUGGCACGUCCUGGCUGCUAGCGAUGCUCCGGGAGCGUUUUCGUGCCAGUUUCUGUGUGGUUGUGUUUCCACUUCUCGGGCAUGUGGCUAGGAGUGGAAUAGCUGGGACACGUGUGGCUCUGUUCGACCGUCAGAGGGCCCUGACUUGCUUUCCACAGCAGCCGCCGCUCGUACGACUCCCCAGCUGUGCAGGGUCCUGGUGCCUCACGUUCUCCUUGACGCUUGUCAUUGUCCAUCUUGCUGGGUGUGAGGUGAGAGGGCAUUGUGGUUUCGAUUUGCAUUUUCCUAAUGAAUGGUACUAAGCAUCUUUUCACGUGCUUACUGGCCGUUUGUGCAUCUUUGGAGAAACAUCUGUUCAGAUCCUUUGCUCAUUUUCAGUUGCCUUGAGUCGUAGGAGUUCAUUCUGUGUUCUGUGUAGUAGACCCUACUGGUCUGCGCGUCUCCCCCGCUCUCUUUCCACUGUCCUGACAGCGCCUGAGCCACAGCGGCUCACUGCCAUGACAUUGAGACCUCUGUGCUUCUGCCACCUGUGCUUUGGUGUCGUGGCUAAGCAGCCGCCGCCUCACCCGAGGUCAGGGAGGCGCACCCCUGUUUUCUCUAAGAGUCUUAAGGUCCGGUCUUUGAUUCAUUUUGAACUAAUCCCCACAUGGUGUGAGAUGGGAUUCCAGUGCCGUUGUUUUGAGUAUGGACGUCAGUUUGUGAGCACCAUUCACUGAAAACGUUGUUCUCCCGCCCAGCCGUGUGGCUCAGCGGUUGAGCGUCGAUUCGGCUCCCAGUUCGAUUCCUGGUCAGGGCACAUGUCCAGGUUG